GCAGAGAGAGACAACCAGGACCGCGUUGUCCGAGUACGAGGCUCUCCUACUUAUAGCUCCGAAGCACGUCAAAGCCUCCACGACGAGAGCGAGAGCUUCGGCUUGAAUCGGCGGAGGAAGCAGGGAUCUACUUUCUCGCGAAUCCAUCAAGCAGUACGCCUGAGGCUGUCGCAAAGAGCACCUGCAGUCGCUCCUUCCGAACCACCAGCUUCAAAGGACCCCAUCGAUAGUUUUCUUGAGGGACUGGGUUUUCGGCGGGCACCGAUUAACAGGGUUCCUGGGUUUGGUGGCGCGGUCUUCGCUCGGAACACGAGGGUCGUUUCUGGGAUCUCCAGAUAUACCAGAGAAGAGCUGCGAUUUAAUCGAGAGAUACCGGUCCAGGUUGAGGCGUGAAGGUGAUCCUCGGGACUGCACUGACGUUUGGGACUUGGACUGCUUCAAGCCGACUUCUUCUCAAACACUGAAACCCAUCACGGUUAUUUCAUCUCUGAAUAUCUCCUCCUCGAGGGCCACCUAAUCUUCCACAGUGAAACGACGUCAGCUUACUUAACUGAGGGCCGUGUCAUCAAAAUCUCUUUCUCAAGAAUACGAACCUCCUUCAGCAUUGCCUCGGGGAGAAAUUAACGUCCACGUUAUUUGGAGUGGACCAAGCCAGCAAGCAUUUGCAGAAAAGCAUCCUAAAAGUGUCUUUUGUUGUUCAUCAAUCCUUUUAAGCAGCAGAAAAAGCAUCUUUCAUUUCAACUUCCCCUCUCAGAUCACCAUGGACAGAGGGCAAAGUCAGAGAAAGCGAAAGAGAGUAGAGGAAGAGAGCACCGAGGGAGCAUCCACUUCUUCGUUCAUCUCUCUGGUACCCACAACACAAGGUGGUGAUCAAUAUGACGUAUUCUUGAGCUUUAGAGGCUCAGAUACUCGAAAGAAAUUCACCAAUCACCUCUACCAUAGAUUGGUCAACGCAGGGAUUGUACCUGUUUCCGUGUUCAACGACGAUAACAGCAUCCCAAUUAGUGAGGAAUUUGGUUCACAGAUUCUUAGUGCCAUCUCACGAUCUAAGAUUUCGAUCCCCAUCAUCUCCAAAAAUUAUGCUACGAGCAAAUGGUGCCUCCGUGAGCUUAUUCAUAUGAUAGAUUGUAAGAAUAGCAUGUCACACAUAGUGUUGCCAAUUUUUUACGAAGUGAAGCCAUCGGAUGUGCGGUAUCUAAAAGGGAGUUUUGGGGAUGCCUUCCGUUCAAGUCAAAAGCAUCUUAAUGAGAAGGAUAUCCUGGAAGGGCAGCGGGCACUUAAUGAAGUCAGUUUCUUACAUGGAUGGGAAUCUGAGAAAUUUGCCAACGGGCAUGAAGGAGAAUUAAUUGAGCGUGUGGUUGAAACUAUUAUAAGCAAGUUACAGGAAGAUUUUCAGUUGGAUGUGCCUCAACAACUAGUUGGACUUGAUGGUCCUAUGAAGGAAAUUAUGAAUUGGAUAGGCAAGUCCUUCCAUGAAUGCUCGAAUGAUUGGAAUUUAUGGCAUGGGCGGGAUAGGCAAGACAACUCUUGCCAAGUGCAUCUACAAUCAACUCUUGAAUAAAUUUGUGCACUCCAGCUUCCUUCCAGAUGUUCGAGAAACUAUUAGACAAAAGGGGAUUACAUAUCUACAGAGUCAACUAAUAUCGGAUAUACUACAAAGCAAAAAUGAAGUGUCUAGAAUUGAUGAUGGAAUUAAUAUAAUCAAAUCUAGAUUUAGAGGAAAAAAGGUUCUCAUUCUUCUAGAUGAUAUAGAUGAUAAGAAUCAUCUUGAUGCGUUGGCUAAGAAACGUGAUUGGUUUAUGGCAGGAAGUUUGAUCAUUGUUACCACUAGGAAUGAAGCCAUUCUUGAUCAAUCUGAAUUUGAGGUAGACUACAAGUAUAAAUUGAAUGAAUUGGAUAUGAUGCAUGCUUUGCUUUUGUUUAACAAACAUGCAUUUCGUAAGGACCAUUCUCCAAGGGACUUUGAAGGUAUAUCUGGUGAUAUUAUAUCCACCAUGGGUGGGCUUCCCUUAGCUCUUCAAGUUGUAGGUUCUUACUUGUAUAAAAAAAUGAAUCGAAAAGUAUGGGAAGAUGUGUGGAAGCAAUUAAAAAACCAACCACAUAGAGAUGUCCAAAAAAUAUUGCAAAUAAGUUAUGAUGCAUUAGAAGAUGGACAUAAGCAGAUUUUUCUCGACAUUGCUUGUUUCUUUAUUGGCAAAACGAGCAACUAUGAUAGGUACAUGUGGGAG